CAAGGACUGUGUGGAGAUAUUUGGAGUUGGAGGAGGACACUGGUACUUCUCUGAUCCCACAGGAGGAAAAUAAGCUAAAUCGCACUUUCCAGACUGUCACACAGCCUCAAACGUUAACACAUCUCAACAGACAGAUUAUUAUAAACACACCAAGGCACACGAGCAGAUAUGAGUGAAGAAAAACCAGCCGAGACUGUGGAGACCGCCCCAGCCGAGGUGAACGCUAUUCCUAAUGGGAAAGGCCAUGAGCUUGGUGAGGAGAUCACAGCAUUGGCCAAAACGCCCCCGGCAGAGGACAGUGAAAAGGAAACUGUACCCAAUAGUACCCAGAAUGCUAGUCCUCACAGAACUGAAAAUGCUGAGGCCAACCUCCCAGAGAGCCAGGAGUUCUUAUCAGGCGUGGAGGACAAGAAGACGACACGCUUUACAGAUUUUGAAGGGAAAACCUCGUUCGGGAUGUCAGUCUUCAACCUGGGCAAUGCAAUCAUGGGAAGUGGAAUCCUAGGUCUGGCCUAUGCCAUGGCCAACACAGGGAUCGUCCUGUUUUUGGUACUUCUAACAGUGGUGGCAGGCCUCUCAUCAUAUUCCAUCCAUUUACUGCUAAAGUCAUCUGGUAUUGUAGGUAUUCGUGCGUAUGAGCAGCUCGGUUACAGGGCCUUUGGGACCCCGGGGAAGAUGGCGGCAGGUAUUGCCAUCACACUGCAGAAUAUUGGAGCCAUGUCCAGUUACCUGUACAUAGUCAAGUAUGAGUUUCCUCUGGUCAUCCAGGCCUUUCUGAAGGUGGAUAAGCCUGCAGGUGAAUGGUACAUGAAUGGAAACUACCUUGUGAUCAUAGUUUCUGUUGCAGUAAUAUUACCGCUGGCUCUCAUGAAACAGCUAGGAUACCUCGGAUACACCAGUGGCUUCUCCCUGAGCUGCAUGGUUUUCUUCCUCAUUUCGGUCAUCUACAAGAAGUUCAAUCUCCCUUGUCCAUUUGUGGACUUUGCAUUGAAUGGCACUAGCAGUGUUCUGAAUGUCAGUGCGAUGGAUCCUGGUGGGGAGGACAACUCUGCUUGCAUUCCCAAAAUGGCAAACCUCAACUCGCAAACGGCCUACACCAUCCCCAUCCUGGCGUUCGCCUUUGUGUGCCACCCCGAGGUCCUGCCCAUCUACACAGAGCUGCGCAAUGCCACCAAGAAAAAGAUGCAGCAUGUGGCCAACAUCUCCAUUGCAGUCAUGUACGGCAUGUACUUCCUGGCUGCUCUUUUUGGAUACCUAACUUUCUAUGGUGAAGUAGAAGCAGAGCUGCUUCACACCUACAGCCGUAUUGAUCCGUAUGACACUUUGAUUUUGUGUGUGCGUGUGGCUGUGCUCACUGCUGUCACACUCACUGUACCCAUUGUUCUCUUCCCUGUACGGAGAGCGAUUCAGCAGAUGAUGUUUCCCAACAAGACCUUCUACUGGCCUCGUCACAUCGCCAUUGCCUUCACUCUUCUCACUUUCAUCAACCUGCUGGUCAUCUUUGCCCCCAACAUUCUUGGCAUCUUUGGGAUCAUUGGUGCCACAUCUGCCCCUUGUCUCAUCUUCAUCUUCCCUGCUGUCUUCUACAUUCGUAUUGUACCCAAAGAAGAGGAGCCACUGCUCUCCGUGCCCAAAAUCCUGGCGGCCUGCUUUGCUGGAAUAGGCUUCCUGUUUAUGAUAAUGAGUCUCAGCUUUAUCAUCAUUGAUUGGACAUCAGGCACCAGUAAAGCCAGCAGUGGUCACUAG